GUAGACGCGUCGCGCAGUGGAGCAGACACUCACCUGAGGAAUAGCGGCGCGAUGGCUGAUCAUCUCAUACAGAUCAAUGACUCUUCCGCCGCUGUCAAUCGGUUCGCGCGGAAAGGAGCUCUGCGUCAGAAGAACGUGCAUGAAGUUAAAAAUCAUAAAUUCACCGCUCGAUUCUUCAAGCAACCCACAUUCUGCAGCCACUGCACCGACUUUAUCUGGGGAUUUGGAAAGCAAGGCUUCCAGUGCCAAGUGUGCUGUUUUGUUGUCCACAAAAGGUGCCAUGAGUUUGUUACCUUCUCCUGUCCUGGGGCUGACAAGGGCCCAGACACAGAUGACCCCAGAAGCAAGCACAAAUUUAAGAUCCACAGCUACGGCAGUCCAACCUUCUGCGAUCACUGCGGCUCACUGCUGUACGGACUCAUACACCAGGGGAUGAAAUGUGACACGUGUGACAUGAACGUUCAUAAGCAGUGUGUGAUGAAUGUGCCGAGUCUGUGCGGGACAGAUCACACAGAGCGCAGAGGAAGACUGUUCCUCAAGAUCGAUGUCAGCGCAGACAGACUUCAUGUCACAGUGGGUGAGGCCAGAAAUCUGAUUCCCAUGGACCCCAACGGACUGUCAGAUCCGUACGUGAAACUCAAGCUCAUCCCAGACCCCAAAAACGAGACCAAACAGAAGACUAGGACCAUCCGUUCCUCACUCAAUCCCACCUGGAAUGAGUCUUUUAUCUUUAAGUUAAAGGCAUUGGAUAAGGAGCGGCGUCUGUCGGUGGAGGUGUGGGACUGGGACAGAACCACUCGUAAUGAUUUCAUGGGCUCCAUGUCAUUUGGUGUGUCUGAACUGAUCAAAGCUCCUGUAUGUGGCUGGUAUAAGAUGUUGAACCAGGAGGAGGGUGAGUACUACAGCGUCCCCAUCCCAGAGGAGAACGAUAUUAACCUGGAGCUGCGGCAUAAAUUUGAGGCCUGUCAGCUCAAUUUCCACCUCCUGAAGAAAGCUCGGCUUGGCCCAGGGAAGAAAGUCAUCACACCCUCUGAUCACCGGCGCUUCAGUUUACCAUCUGGAAACAUGGACAGAGUCCGACUCAAUGACUUCCAUUUUCUGACUCUUCUUGGCAAAGGCAGUUUUGGGAAGGUGAUGUUGGCGGAGAUGAAGUCCACUGAGGAGCUAUAUGCUAUUAAAAUCCUGAAGAAAGAUGUUGUGAUCCAGGAUGAUGAUGUUGAGUGCACAAUGGUGGAGAAGAGAGUGCUGGCCCAGAGAGAAAAGCCGCCGUUCCUCACCCAACUGCAUUCAUGCUUCCAGACUGUGGAUCGCCUCUACUUUGUAAUGGAGUACAUUAACGGAGGAGACCUGAUGUACCACAUCCAGCAAGUGGGCAAGUUUAAGGAGCCACAAGUCGUAUUCUAUGCUGCUGAAAUCGCCGUAGGACUGUUUUUUCUCCAUAGGAAGGGAAUUAUCUACAGAGAUUUGAAGUUGGACAACGUGAUGUUGGACUCUGAGGGUCACAUUAAGAUCGCAGACUUCGGCAUGUGUAAGGAGAACAUGUUUGAGGGCAUGACGACGCGCACCUUCUGUGGAACGCCCGAUUACAUCGCCCCAGAGAUUAUCGCGUAUCAGCCGUAUGGUAAAUCAGUGGACUGGUGGGCGUAUGGUGUCCUUCUCUACGAGAUGCUGGCUGGGCAGCCUCCAUUUGAUGGAGAGGACGAGGAUGAGCUGUUUCAAUCCAUAAUGGAGCACAACGUGUCCUACCCCAAAUCCCUGUCUAAAGAGGCCGUGUCCAUUUGUAAAGGGCUGAUGACGAAGCACCCAUCUAAGCGUCUGGGUUGUAGUCCAGAGGGUGAGAGAGAUAUAAAAGAGCAGGCUUUCUUCCGCAGAAUUGACUGGGAACGACUCGCAAACAGAGAGAUCCAACCUCCAUUCAAACCCAAAGUGUGCGGCAAAGCAGCGGAGAACUUUGACAAAUUCUUCACACGCACGCAGCCCAUGCUGACUCCUCCAGACCAACUGGUCAUUGCCAACAUUGACCAGAGCGAAUUUGCUGGAUUCUCGUUCAUAAACCCGGAGUUCAUCCACCCGGCAUCGCUUCACAGUGUGGUAUGAGACGGCCCGAUGAAGACGUGACCAUCCGACCAGCUCAAACUACCAAUUGCAUCAGCGUUAUUUAUGAGCUCACCAAAUCUUUGUAGACAGUUGAAUACCCUUUAUCUGAACAUAUAUGAACUGAGGGGACACAGGAUCAGGGGGGGUUUAGUGGCAGAAUGGAAAUAUAUCAUAAAUGCAUGUGUCCGCAUUCACACUUCGAGGGCAAUACCUAAUGUAGAUGAUAUAAGUUUGUUCCAAAACCUAGUGAGCUGCUUACUGUCCUGUACAUCUAGUAUAUUGGCAGAAAAAAACCUGUACAGGGUGCCUAUUUAUGUUAGUGGCGAGAUGCGCAAGGGUGAUGCUCGGACAGCUCAAAAUGCUCAAGCAUCCCAUAUAUGGCAAAAUGUUUUCUACCUAAUCGGACUUACGGUUUUCCCAAAAUCCUAUAUUCUUCCAUUGACAGAAUGUUAAAACAGGCCAAGACUAUUUAAAAACUGAAAUGUAAAAAAAUGUUUACAUUUACAUAGGUAAAGUUUGUCCACUCCAGAGAAACUUUGAUGUUGGCUUGGCAAAGCAUGGCCUGAAUUUUUUUAAUAGUUUAAAGUUUGAAGUUAAAGGUAAUACAGGCCUUCCUGUCAGACACAAAGUCAGACAGACUGAUAAACUUUGAGAAAGACCACAUUUGACCACAUCAGACCACAAUAGACCAUAACAGAUUGCAUUAGUCCUCAUCAGACCCCCUAGAGACCACAACAGACCACUUCAGACUCAUACCACUUUAGACCACAUCAGACCUAUAACUUCAUCAGACUAUCAAGAAACCACAUUAGACUUCAACAGAACCCAUAGACCAGAUCAAACCACAUUAGAACUCAUCAGACCUCCAAGAAACCACUUCAGACCCCAUUAGACCACUUCAAACCAUUUUAGACCUUGUCAGACCUCCAAGAAACCACUUCAGACCAAAUAAGAAACCCAGAGACCACAUCACACCAGUUGAGAUCCUGUUAAACCUCAUUAAACCCCCAAGAGAGUAUGUUAGACCACUUCAGACCCCUUUUGAUCAAUCAUCUAUCUGUCUGUCUGUCUGUCUGUAUGUCUGUCUAUCUAUCUAUCUAUCUACAGUAUCUAUUUACAGCAGAUUGUGUAAGUCCUCAUCAGACCCCUGAGAGACCACUACAGACCACUUCAUACUCCCUUAUCCAAAUCAGGCCUAAUCAGAACCACUAGAGACCACAUCAGACUUUAUUAGACUACAUCAUACCAUCAAGAAACCACAUAAGACCUCAACAGAACCCCUAGAGACCACACCAGACUACAUUAGACAUCAUCAGAGCUCAAAGAAACAACUUACACACCAAUUGACCACUUCAAACAAUAAUAGACCUCAUCAGACCUCCAAGAAACCUCUUCAGACCACAUUAGACCACAUAAGAACACCUAGAGACCACAUCAGACCAGUUCAGAUCCCAUUAGACAUCAUUAAACCCCCUAAGAUCUAUCUAUCUAGGCUUUGUCAAGCUAACAUCAAAGUUUCUCUUGACAAACUUUACCUAUCUACUUAGUCUAUUGUGUUGUUAGCUUAGCAUCAUGCUAAUGUAAAGUCUCCCGUGAGGAGUGAGUAUUUGUGUGGUGCGUGGAGUUGUAACCUGUGUAGAGUGUUCCAAAUCCAUCACUAAUGAGGUUUCCGUAGAAGGCAGCUGCCUAUGCAGACAGUAGUUAGCAAGCAAGUUUACUAGGGUUUGGUACAGAGUUAUAAUGUGUGUUCUGUACGUCCUCAUAGCAAUGACAGUUUGUCUAAUGCCUGUAUGCAGAAAGGUGUUGUGUGCAGGCCAAAGACCAGUGCGUUUUUACAAAGCUUACAGAUGUUUUUGAUGCUGGAAAUGGUGAGCGAUCCCUUGUUCCAGACCUCAGAUUAGUUGUGUGUGCAGCAUGCUUGACAUGAAGCAGGUUUUUGUGUCCUAUCCCUUAUACCUUCUCUACUGCCAUUUCUAAUGUUCCUGAAUUAUAUAUUUGUAAAUCUUGUUAUAGGAGUGCCAAAAUAUAGCUGCAUCAAAACGUUUUUUAUACCUAGCUCUAUACAGUUUAUGUAUAUUAAUUUGCUGAUGUCCCGUAACUUGACCUGGGCUGACACUUGAACCACUCCCGGAGUUUGAGCAUGACUGUUUCUGAUCCAAUCGCUGCCUGCUUGCCUAGCUCAAUAUAUACAGACGUUUUUCUCUUGAUCUAAAUGUACAAAUUGUGAGACUGUGAUUCUUCAUUGAUAACUGGCAGACCCACAUGGAAUCAGAACUCUGCAGAAUUGGAACACCAAUCAUUCACAAAGUUUGACAAAUAUCCAUUGUGUGUUAGUUUAUUAAAUAUUUUGGUUAAUCUGAUAAUGUUUUCAGCUUCUAAUAAGAGUGUUGUACUCUCAAUUUUACACAUAUUUUCACACAAAAUCAGCACAGUUGGGUAACCAUGGGUAAAUGUAUAGCCUAACCUCAUGAAAAUUAUGUGACUGUGGCAACAUGUGUGCAAAAUUAUAUUACAUGGUUCAUUGUACGUAUCGUGGCAGUUCCAAAGAGAAAUGUCCACUGUGUGGCACUAAAAGUGAGUUAAAUGUUCUCACAAACAGAUGAGGUUUUUGAGGUUAAUGCUCUAUUGAGUAGAUAUCAACAAAACGUACCUCCAUACCCUAAACCUUCAACCUAAACCUAACCUAUGGCAAAAGCAAAGCAAAUGUGUGAUGAAGAACAAUUGCUAAAGCAACCACGUCAUUUCCGGCUCACGUGUAGACUAACUAAUAAUGCAUUUAGAUAUCAUUGUGUGACAAACAGAGUAAAAAAAUCGUGUUUAUGAUAAUCUGCUAUUUUACCUGUAAUUUGUGAAUAAAAAUCAUUGCUGUUGUAACGCCUCUAUUGUUCAUUCACUUGGAAACUGCCGCAAUACAUACGAGGUGCGUAAAAUGAUUUUGCAAAAAUUUUGGUAAAGUAACGUGAUUCUGUGAGACCAUUUUGCGAAUGUUGCAAGAGGUAAAUGUGACAUUUAAAAUCCAAUAGAGGCACUUUAUUUUGAUUUGUAAAGGUAAUGGUCUUCAAUUAAAAUCCAGCAUAUUAUACAAAAGAAAACUUCCACUGAUAGACUCAAACAGCCACAAAGAAUGUGACGAAAGACCAAAAAUUUUGCACUUUGAAAUGUAGUGGGCAGAAUCUCAUGAAACCUGUCAAGAACUUCACAUUUAACCCCACAAAUGAAAAGAAAUUAAAUACAAUUAAAUUGACAUUAUCUGUUUUUCUCCAAACAUCUAAACAACUCAAAAUUGUAUCAGCUAGUUUCAUUAUAUUUAUGGGAAUGUUAAUUGUUUUGAAAAUGUCAAAUAAUUUUCUAAAAAAUAUUAGUGUAAAGUGAUCAAUGGAAAGGAGGAGGCGAGAACCGGCUUGACGAUAUAAAUAAUAGUUUUAAUGACAACAUAAACACACACAUGACGGACAUGUCCAUAUAACGAUCUCUCUCACCCACACGAUCCUCUGCAGUUGACCUUUGUCCCUCACGGAGGCAUAAUUAGCCUAAUACGGGACCGGGUGUGUAGGAUCACGACCCGGCCCCGCCCUCCGCCCUGCCACAAUUAUUUAUAUAUAUAUAUAUAUAUAUAUAUAUAUAUAUAU